GGGCGCUCACCGCCUGCGAUUGCCACGGCGGGUUUAAGAUGGGCGCAUCGCCGCUUGCGGGCUUGAAGGGUCCUGACGUGCGUUGGGUUUUUGGUGACGGACUACGAGUUGGUUGUUUUAUGUGAUUUUUCGCUGAAAGACUCCUUGCACCGGAAAGAGAUUAAUAUUGAGGAUUGGGAUCGACGGCUACGAUCUGGUUUGGGACGCACGACUUUUGGACUUUGGACGAUCGACUCACCUCACCCGCUCAACCUCAUUCGCACACCUGGGACCUUCAACAGGCCCGCCACUCGCCGCCAUGUCGAUGCUCACCAUGUUCUCCGAGAAGAUCAUGACGCUGCCGCCGGGCGUCUCCGCGUCGCCCUCGCUGCGCGCCCGCAGCCCGCCCGCCGCCGCUGCACCCGCCCCGGGGACGUACACCGAGGGCCUCCGCGAGGAGCGGCGGCGCGUGCACCACGAGGCGGAUGUGGUGAUUGUCGGCGCGGGCAUCGUCGGCUGCGCGGCCGCCGUCGCGUUCGGCAAGCAGGGCCGCAGCGUCGUGCUGCUCGAGCGCAGCCUCAAGGAGCCCGACCGCAUCGUCGGCGAGCUGCUGCAGCCCGGCGGCGUGAAUGCGCUGAGGCAGCUGGGCAUGGAGGACUGCCUCGAGGGCAUCGACGCCAUCCCGUGCUACGGCUACCAGGUCUCGUACCACGGCGAGCCCGUCCACAUCCCCUACCCGGACAACCUGCUCUCCGACAAGCCCGGCAAGAAGCCCGAGGGCCGCUCGUUCCACCACGGCAAGUUCAUCUCGAAGCUGCGCGCCGCCGCCCUCGCCGCGCCCAACGUCACCGUCGUCGAGAGCACCGUCACCGACCUGGUCAAGAAUGGCCACACGGGGCAGGUGCUGGGCGUCGAGUGCCAAACCAAGGGCGAGAAGGACUACUACUUCGGCGCCGUGACGCUCGUCGCCGACGGCUACGCCUCCAAGUUCCGCAAGCAGUACAUCCCCGCCCAGCCCGCGGUGCGCAGCAAGUUCUGGGCCCUCGAGCUCAUCGACGCAGACCUCCCGCUGCCCAACCACGGCCACGUCUUCCUCACCGACGCGCCCCCCGUCCUCGUCUACCAGAUCGGCACGCACGAAACCCGCAUCCUAAUCGACAUCCCCGACGCCCUGCCCAGCGCCGCCCCCGCCGCCGGCGGCGUCAAAAACCACCUCACCUCCGUCGUGCUGCCCAGCCUGCCUGCGAGCUUGCAGCCCUCGUUCGCCCGCGCCCUCGCCGCCGGCAAGUUCCGCUCCAUGCCGAACUCGUUCCUGCCGCCGACGACGCAGAAAACGCGCGGCCUGAUCCUGCUCGGCGACGCGGCGAACAUGCGGCACCCGCUCACCGGCGGCGGCAUGACGGUCGCGCUCGCCGACGUCGUGACCCUCACGUCGCUGCUCGCGCCCGCGCACAUCCCCGACCUCGAGGACGCGGAGAGUGUCGUCGCGGCCAUGUCGCGCUUCCACUGGGCCCGCAAGCCGCACUCCUCCGUGAUUAAUAUCCUCGCCAUGGCGCUCUACGCCCUCUUCGCGGCGCACAACACGCACCUCACCGCCCUCAAGAACGGAUGCUUCCGGUACUUCCAGCUCGGCGGCGCCGCGCUGAGCGAACCCGCGGGCCUGCUGUCGGGAUUGAUUCGCAACCCCGCGACGCUGUUGUGGCAUUUCUUCGCCGUUGCGUUUUACGCGGUCCUGUGCCGUGCUAAGGAUGGGCCCGUGUGGCGCGUCCCCUGGGUUUUGGGGGUGGAGAGCGUGUUGAUUGUUUGGACCGCGGCGGUUACUAUUGGGCCGUAUCUUGUGGGGGAGAUGAGGGGGUAG